UGCUUUUCGUGUUUCUGGCAUAGCAAUGGAUCACUGACAUGGAGAAGCUGCUUCAUGCUCUCGCGGAGAAACUUCCUGCAAAUGCAGGACGCUCCACUGUGGAGUUGGCCUUUCGCUCUGCUGUGGAUGCCUUGCCCAAGUCGAAGAUUCGAGAUGAGCUGCUCUUGAAGCAGACUCGUCUGAUUGGGCGACUUCGAUCGCUGGUCCGAUCCAAAGUGGAAGAAAGCAAGCCAGGAGAAGUAGCUGAAGAGCCACAGGAGCUUCCUGAAGGAGAUGCCCCAGGCGAUCCUGCAGCAUGCUUCCAAGGUGUUGAUAUCAAUAAGCCGGGAGAUUGCAUCAAGCAUUGCCAAAGUCUCCUGCAAGAUGCCCUGGUCAGCCUUGAUCCUGCAGCUCGGAGUGAAGAGGCCCUUGCUGCUUUGGUGGCACUCUUCCCGCCGGAGAGUGGACCAUGGAGGCUGGAGUCUGGCGACCUCGAAGCUCUUGUGCAGAUGCUGCCUUGCGCGGCGACGGCGUUGGGUACGCAGAACACCAUUGCCUGGAGGCGCUUUCUGGGCCUUUGCGUCGCAGCUCCGUUGCGCUUGACCCAGGAUUCACCGGAUCCAGAUGAGACAAUGAAGGUCGUGGAGCGCUUGGCCUGCACCGCGGCCGUCCUCGCGACAGCUCCGGCCGCCCGCACGGCAGUGCGGAUUGCAACUGCGUCAGCCAGCCUGACGUCAGUGUCGCAAUCUCAUCUUGCAUGCCUUGUACCUGCUUUGCUGCCCUUGCUCCGCAUUGGCUUCCUGAAAGGUUCCUGUGACAGCACGCGCGGCGACCUCCUAGCGCUGCUGGGCGGGCUGCGGGUGCUGCGACUCACCAGGUCGAAGACGCCGCAGUUCUCGGAGAUGCGCCAGAUUCUGACCGCAGCCCUGCUGCGGGAUUUCGAUGCCACGCCGCUGGUGCCGGAGCUGCGACGCCUGGUGGAGGACCACAAAGGCUCCUUGCGACGUGGCAAAGCUUUGUUGAAGAAGUUGAAGGCGGCUGAAGCAAAGACUUCAUCAGCAGCAGUCACAGUGGAACUUGUAGAGGCCCUUGCAGAAGUGCUGCAGCCGUCGGAGUUGGCCAGGCUGGUGAGCUUCAGCGGGCUUCCCUGUGGGGAAGACGAGGAGGUCGAUGCGAAGGCUGCAGCUGCUCGGGCACGUGGCGACUUGUUCUUCGAAGACACGGCUGGGGAUGUGCCGUUGGAGAGCCUAUUGGCUGGUGGCAGUGAAAGCGCUCACCAGGCGCAAGCCCAGGUGCGGAAGCGCACACUGGGGGAGUUGGAAGGCGUCGAAGCUCUUCGUGUCGAUGAGACUGACAACGCCCAGGCCAGCGAUGGAGGUGAGCCUGAAACUCCAGCAAGCACAGGAUCUACAGGCCCAAAGAAGCGCCGGAAGUCGACUGCAUGAGAUGUGCGAAAAAAGGAUGGCCGGAGUCGUCCGUGACAUGCUCUAACUCUUCCGGAGUCGAUGCUUGUUGGGAUUGGCCAGUCUUUGGAAUGAGAC